UCAGUCUUUCGGUUUGUGUGGACGCAGUGGUUAUACUGCAGGCACUGCCCUGGCCCAGCAGCCCACCGGCAGAGCAGCUGGCAUAUGACAACAAACUUCAACAUUUUAUCCUUUCUUUUAGCCCGCAGACUCUCAUUCGCGAUGGACAGACGAAAACAAAUGAAAGACACCCUGCGAGUGUACUUAGACUCCAUGAAGGAAGAGCUCCACAGUCUGAGUCGGGACAUUUGGAGCCGGCCGGAGCUGGCCGGGGAGGAGACGCAUGCGCACGACCGGCUGGUGCGCUUCUUCUCCCAGCUGGAGGAGCCGUGGACGGUGCAGAGCCACUACAAACUACCCACGGCGUUCCGGGCCAGCUGGGGCCCGCAGGGCGGGGACGGGGACGGGGACGGGGACGGGGACGGGGGGCCCGUGCUGAACGUGGGCUUCCUCUGCGAGUACGACGCGCUGCCCGGGAUCGGCCACGCCUGCGGGCACAACCUGAUCGCGGAGGUGGGAGCCGCGGCCGCGCUGGGGCUGAGAGCCGCUCUGGGGGCCCAGGGGGGCCGGGCCCCGGGGCCCGUCAAGAUAACUGUUCUGGGAACACCAGCGGAGGAGGACAUAGGAGGAAAGAUCGACCUGAUCCAGGCCGGAGCCUUCGCCGAUGUUGACCUCGUUUUCAUGGCUCAUCCUGCUCAGCAGGACGCGGCAUUCCUACCCACCGUCACCAUCGAUGAGAUCGUAGUGAAGUAUCACGGGAGGGCGUCGCACGCCUCUGCGUACCCUUGGGAGGGCGUGAAUGCUCUGGAUGCUGCAGUCCUGGCCUACAACAACAUCUCACUGCUCAGGCAGCAGCUCAAACCCGAGUGGAGAAUUCAUGGCGUCAUCAAACACGGAGGGGUAAAGCCCAACAUCAUCCCUGCCUAUUCUGAGCUCCAGUUUUAUUUGCGCACCCCGCUUCUCAAGGAUCUGUGUGUCCUAAAGGCCAAAGCGGAGGCUUGCUUCAGGGCUGCAGCUCUGGCAACUGGUUGUCAGGUGGAGAUGACCUAUCCAUCCCACACCUUCUAUAACAUCCUGCCGAAUGCCACGCUGGCUAAGCUUUACGAAAGUAAUGGAAGAGAUGUAGGGAUUGAGUUUCCAGAGCAGCCAGCUGCUUUCUCUGGUUCUACGGACUUUGGCAACGUGUCGUUCAUCGUGCCUGGUAUCCAUCCUUUCUUCUACAUCAGCACUGACGCAUUAAACCACACGGAGGAAUACACCGACGCAGCAGGAGCUGAAGAGGCCCAGGUGGGCGCCCUGAGGACCGCCAAGGCUCUUGCUAUGACAGCGGUGGAUGUAGCGCUCUGCCCUGAUCUGCUGCAGCGAGUGAGAGACGACUUCAUCCUGGCCAAACAGAAACACGACACGUGACUAGAAAGACAGCACUGCAUUGAGUAGGUGACCAGAUCCACGACUGAAUAAAUAUUUAUCUCAUCUAACUACAAGAUGUGUGAAUGAUCUCGUUCUGUAUUUAAAUUAUUUUGUACUUAAUUUAACCACCCCUUCUAUUGCAACUCAAUAAAACAAAGCACUGUGUACACAAAUGUGUCUCUAUACUUGGAA